GGCCCAGUAAAAUCAAAGAACAGACUCGUCAGUCGUCGUCAAUCCGCAAUCUUAUUCUGUUCAUAAUUUUAUAAUUUUUCGGUAGUUUUUCGUAAUUUGCGGAAGUAAAUGUUUGGAUAUUAGUAAAACGUCUUAUAAACAACCAAUAGUUUCAAGUUUGAUCUAGGGGAGAGGAGAGCAGUUUUUUUCGUAAAUCAAAUCAGUGAAAUAUUAAAUAAGUGGAAAAUUUAUACUCGAAGUUCGAUAGCUGUAAAACAGUCGUGGGGACGGAAGUUAGGACGGCGCAAAGUGAAAAGGGGAAGUGACUGUUAUCACUUUAAGGUCAAGGAAUGACGUCCUCUGAAGAUGUCCUGCUGGAGAUGACAAAUGUAAAACACAAAAAGGACGACGGUCGUCUAUACCUAAUGUCUGAACGACUAGCGUGGAUUCAAGGGAAUCGAGACGUCGUUACAGUAUCACACAAAUAUGCGGAUAUCAAGUCGCAGAAAAUUAGUCCGGAAGGAAAACCCAAGAUACAGCUGCAAGUUGUGCUACAUGAUAAUACGACCUACACUUUCCACUUUGUAAACCCGGAAGGACAACCGGCUCAAUUUCGGGAUAGGGACCAAGUUAAAGAAUUAUUACUUCAGCUGCUGCCAAAGUUUAAGAGAAAGGUGAAUCAAGAAUUGGAGGAGAAAAAUAGGCUGUUGACUGAAAAUCCGCGAUUAUUAAGGCUUUACAAGGACUUGGUUAUGGAUGACAUAAUCACUGCUGAUGAGUUCUGGGUGAGUCAUGCUCCAGAGUUCCUAGUGGCGAACACUCCGGCAAAAGUUUUUCGCCAAGAUACCGGCGUUUCAUCAGGCUUCCUGUCCGGAAUACACCCCGAAACCGACGGUGCGAACGGUCUCCGCUACAACUUAACCUUGGACGUGAUAGAAUCAAUUUUUAAAACAUAUCCUGCUGUUCGGAAGAAACAUGUUCAAUGCGUCCCUGCCGAAAUGACCGAGAGUGCUUUCUGGACAAAGUUUUUCCAAUCGCAUUACUUUCACCGUGACAGACUUCCGGUGUUGAAAGACCUCUUUUCCGACUGUGCUAAGGCUGACGAUAAAGAGAUGCGAAAAGAGUUGGACAAGGUUAAGUUGUCCCAUAUCGAUAUGAUGGCGACGCUCGAAGAGACCGAAUCUGUGACCGGGGACGGUUUCCUGAAGGACACUGAGGCACAAGUUAACGACUCGAAGGAUAAGGAUGCUGUCACUCCGCAAGGAAUUUAUCGAAACAUGAUUAAGAGAUUUAACCAUCAUUCCAUCAUGGUGCUAAAGGCGUGCGAUCGACCAGAAAAUCAAACCAUAACCAACUUGCCACCACCAAAUCCAGCAGCUAACGGUAAUAAUGGUAGUAACAAUAAUCCCCCUCCCUCAACAGUACAACCCCCACAGCAGCAAGACAAUAAUAAUGAUACUCAACAACCCUUAACUAAGAAAAAGAAGAAGAAAAGAGAUCGUGACAAGGAGAAAGAAGAGCUUUUAGAAAAUGGCGAUGCUGAGCUUUACGCUAUUCCUCCAGAAGCUAAGAAGGCGAAAAUUGCGGAAAAAAUGAUCUACGAAGAUUUAGCUAAUGACGGACAUUCAUCUUACACAAAACUAAACUUGACUCGAAUUGAUCGCUAUUUAAACGGACCGAUCCCAGACUUUAAGACGGAUGUCGUAUCAGUCGACCAAAUCAAACAGACUGCUCUCAUGAUGAGAGACCACACCAAAAAGUGGAGCAACUGUCCCAGAUUAUUAGACUCGGUUACUGCGGUUAAAAUUCUGGGAGAGUUGCGUCCCGGGGGAGCUUUAAUGAAGGGACAUAGACCGGACGAUACAGCCCAUACUCUUCCGCCUGAAGUGGACGUUGAAAUUAGAAGCAUGUACACCUCUCUGUCGGAAUUACUUCGUCAUUUCUGGUCCUGUUUCCCUCCCACGACCCAAGCUCUUGAAGAUAAAUUGCAAAAGAUGCAAGAUACGUUGCAAAAGUUUAAAGCUGUGAAAAUGCAACAGUUAAACGACCGUAUGUUACGAGAUCAUCUUUCCGCACAACAAUUAUUGUCUCACGCUACGUCGAUGAUAGCAACUGCUGAAACUAAAUACAGUCAAUGGCUUCAACGCACAAGAAGAUAAAAUUGGUAGCUUUCGUAAAUAGCCUUUAAUUUAAAAACUGCGUUUUUUACGGUUCAACUACACACAGUAUUCAGUAGUCACUCACUUAUAGUAGUGUAUAGACUAUAGAUAUGUUUAUGUAGUUGUAUCGACUGAAAUCUAUCCUUCGAAACAUGUUCAAAAUUUUUAUUACAAUUUUUACGAACCAUAAAAUUAUUAAUUUAUUGACCAAACAUUCAUCCAUUCGGUCUGUUCAUUAUAAGCAAAUUCCGUUUUAUAAAAUACACAUCAUUUUAUACAUAUGAGGAAAAUAAGUGUGAUCAUUUGAUGUAAUAAUUAAUUAUUUACAAGGGAAUUAAAUGACAAUUAAAAAUCUCAUGAAAAAGAGAAAUUCCAUUUUGAAACUAA